GUUUGGGCCCGGUGUGCCGGUGAACAGGUUCAAGGAAGCCCCGCAUCGGUGAUCAUCGUCGAUCUGCUGCAACAAGCGACGAUGCCGAGCGUGCUGUUGGAGAGAUACGGUACAGCUGGGGUGAGCGGCGACGAAUUGAGGAACCUGUCCUUCUCAGGCCUGUCGAAACCGUGCAGCGCCGGAUCGCUGGUCGAAGUCGUGAUUACCGCUCACGGCGAUGCCAAAGGCAAAAUAGUCGUUCACGCGCUGCCGCCUUCUGGACAAAGCACCAAGUGCCAGAUUCACAAGAGGGAAAACGUCUAUACAGCACAGUUUACUCCGUACGAAGUGGGUAAGCGCGAACCGAUGUCGCUGUUUCACUGCGCACGCUUUGCCUGUUCACUUCUGUCGUUGCGCUUAACCCUUCCCUACCCAGUUAAUAAUUUAGCAUGCUGA